ACCAAACAACCCUAAGUCUAAACUCUAAAACCCAAAAGCUAAGUGAAAUAUUUUGGGCCUUUUCUCUCUCUCUCUCUCCUAUGCUUAAACCCUAAAACUUCACUCAACGAGCCUGCAAGGUGAGCAAUGAAUGGAGUCAAUUAGCGAAGCAAUUUUCUUCUAUGUUCUACAAGCCAUGUUAAUUUUUGCUCGUGGCCAAUUUUAUCGUACCAUAUCCAACAAAUCUUCUUUAUUCAGAUACUUAUUUUCCACCACCACAACAAAUAACAGUAAUAGUUUUGAUUCUUUCAAUUUAAACGAGGCUGAGGAGGUGUAUUUCAAUCCUAAUUUGAUUAAAAAAAUAAUCAUACAGGAAGAGGAAGAGAAAUGGGAAGGUCAUUUUAGGAUUUUUAGACACAUUGAUUCUGAUGUAUCAUCAUUUGUUAACAAAAUCUUGCUAGCAUUGAGAAAUGAACCGAGGUUAGUGUUCAAGUUUUUCAAAUGGGCUUCGGUGAAAAAGAGUUUAACUAUUGAGGAUUAUUGUAUAGUAGCUCACAUUUUGUUUUAUUCUAGAAUGUAUAGUGAUACAUAUAAUGUUCUAAAAGAGUUGGUUACUUUGCGUGGUGUUGUUGGUAAAAAUGGGGAUGUAGUACAUGUAGUUGAUGUAUUAGAUGUUCUUUGGUCAGCGAGGACUAUUUGUAGUUUCGCGGGGGGUAAUGGGUAUGGGGUUUUUGACGCGUUGUUUAGUGCGUUGAUUGAGUUGGGGUUGCUUAAGGAGGCGAAUGAGUGUUUUUUAAGGAUGACAAGAGGUUUUAGUGUUCUACCGAAAGCACGAUCUUGUAAUUAUCUUUUGCAUAGAAUGACAAAGUUAGGUGAUAAGAAGUUGUCGUUGAAGUUGUUUGAUGAUAUGAAUGAGUUGGGAAUUGUUGCAAAUGUGUAUACGUACAAUAUAAUGAUUGGUUAUUUAUGUAAGGAUGGGGAUUUGAAUGUGGCGAAAAGGUUGUUUAUGCAGAUGAAGGAUAGAGGGAUUGAGCCGGAUAUUGUUACGUAUAAUUCUCUUAUUGAUGGAAUUGGUAAACAUGGGGUGCUUGAAGAUAUGGUUACUCUCUACGAUGAAAUGAAGGAAUCUAAAUGUUGUCGACCUGAUGUAGUAACGUACAAUACAUUGAUUAAUUGUUUUUGUCGAUGUGGAAGGAUGGAGGUAGCAUUUGAGUAUCUGAAUGAGAUGAAGAAAAGUGGGUUGAAGCCCAACGUGGUUACUUAUAGCAUAUUUGUUGAUGUUUUUGCUAAAGAAGGAAUGUUACGAGGAGCUAUUAAGUUCUUUGUAGACAUGAGACGGGUUGGUCUUGCUCCUAACGAAUUUACUUAUACUUCGUUGAUUGAUGCUCAUUUUAAAGUUGGUAAAGUUGACGAAGCGUUGAAGCUUGUUAAAGAGAUGGUAGAGGUAGGAGUUAAGUUAAACGUCGUGACGUAUGCUACAUUAGUCGAUGGACUUUGUAACGAGGGGAAAAUCAAGGAAGCUGAAGAAGUUUUUAGGGUCAUGUUGAAGGAUGGGAUUGUCCCGAAUUUAGAAGUUUAUACUGCUCUUAUCCAUGGGUAUAUCAAGUCGAAAAGGCUAGUGGAUGCUUUGAUUAUUAUGGAACAAAUGAAAGAAAAUAAUAUCAGACCAGACGCAUUACUCUAUGGAAUAGUUUUAUGGAGUUUUUGCUCUGACGAUAAGUUUGAAGAAGCCAAAGCUUUAUUCGAUAAAAUGAAGGGUCUUGGAAUCGAGGGAAACUAUGUCGUAUACACAAUACUUGCCGACGCUUACUUUAAGGCUGGAAAAUCCGUCGAAGCACAGACUCUGCUAAGUGAAAUGCAGGAAAGAGGUAUUUCCCCUACUGUUGUGACGUAUUCUGCAUUGAUCGAUGGCUUGUGUCGGCUGGGAUUUGUCGAGGAAGCAAUGCACCAUUUCCAUUCUAUGCCAAAAAUGGGUUUGCAGCCUAAUGUCGUUGUGUAUACAGCUUUAAUUCAUGGCUUCUGUAGAAAUAAAUGUCUAGAAGCUGCGGAAAAAAUGUUCAAUGAAAUGCUCGACAAAGGGAUAUGUCCAGAUAAAAUAGUUUAUACAUCGCUGAUAGAUGGAAAUCUAAAGCAAGGAAAUAUUGAAGAUGCUUUAGAUUUACGAAGGAGAAUGAUCGAAAGUGGUUUGGAGCUUGACCUUCAUGCCUACACUGCUUUGAUUUGUGGGCUUUCAAAAAAUGGCGAGGUGCCUCGGGCGAGAAUUUUUUUUGAUGAGAUGAUUGAGAAGGGUGUUAAACCUGAUGAGGUUGUAUUUUCAUGUCUUAUAAGAAAAUAUCAAGAGAUUGGCAAUCUAGAAGAAGUUCUUGCAUUGCAAAAUCAAAUGAUCAAAAGAGGCCUUACGAUAGUUAAAGGCUAAGGAAUCAAGGACUCUUACGUGACUAUCUUUAUUUGAGUUGAAGAUGGUUAUCAUGAAGUCUUUCUUGUUCCUCCAGAAUGCUAUCCUAAAAACAUCCCUUUUUGCUGCGGUUGAAGAGCAAAAGAACGCUGAUCAGAAAGUACUAAAAUUGGCAGAACGGAAG